AUGUUAAGCUUUGCCUGUUCUAAAAGUGAAAGGCAACAUCCACUAAUAGACUAGUCUGUUGGUGAGACAUACGGCUGGGAAGGGCUCACUCUGACUCUGCAGCUUCCCAAGGCAGCAGGAGUAGCAGCUGAUCUUUCUGCCUCAGCCAUGGCAGAAGCUGUUAUAAGACACUGGGUGGAAACUCCUGUACGCUACCAGGAGCAGUUUGCUGACCAAGAGCUGGAAACACACAAACUGAACCACCUUUUAUAUGCUUUGCCAGGCCCUGCUACAGCAGCACUGAGCAACCAAAGAUGCACCACAGAAAGCACGACUGGGGCAGGGGAGAGUGGCCAGGAGGAGGAAAACACACGGUUCCAGGUCUUGCUGGAUGUUGUGCAGUUCCGUCCCGAAGAUAUCAUUAUCCAGACUUUCGAAGGCUGGCUCCUGAUUAAAGCUCAACACGGACCCAGGAUGGAUGAACACGGUUUCAUAUCCAGAAGCUUUACCAGACAGUACAAAUUACCUGACGGGGUGGAGAACAAAGACUUGUCUGCACUUUUCUGCCAUGAUGGCAUUUUGGUUGUUGAAAUGAAGAACUCGGUGGGAAAGAAUUAGAACCUUGUCUGUUGUAAUUGGUGAGAUAAAAUCAUUCUUAAUUAAUAUAACAAAGUAAUAUCAUUCAUGCAACGCUGUAGAGUGUGGUAAGCAUGUGCCUGUAUUUAUAUUACAGUAAAGGAAAGCCUUUGCAUAUGUUUUUCAGUAUGCUGAGUUUAUUGUUUGAUGUGAAUGUUAGACUGCUUGCCUCCAGCUACAUAUAUGUUGGAAAUCCAGGCUGUCUGAAGAGUAGCAAACUUAGGCUAGUCUCAGCAGGAGAAAAAAAAAAAUCUAUUUUAUAAUACAUUAAAAAUAAAGUAUAUUUUUGAAUUAAGUAGGAGGACUUGUAUUUCUAAAAAAAUAAGCAUUUGUCAUACAUAGUCAUAAAGAUUAAAGAAGCAAUAGACAAGUUGUAAGUUAGUUUUCAGUUGUGGGCAAUAGACAAGUUAUGGAAAUUUAAUUUAAGUAGCAAAAAAGGUGCUUUUUAAUUUUUGAAAUCAAAUUCUUCUCUUUGGAAAAGCAUACAAACUGAAAAAUACUAUCAAGAAAAGAAUCUCUAUUUCCACAGUUCAAGCUUGUAUACCAAAAUAAGUCUUGAGAGACUAUUUUUUAGAAGUGUAUUGCAUUUUUUAAACUAUAAGAAAAAAGAAUAAUCACUGACUAUAUUUGCUUGAAAACACAGUAAGUAGAAAUUAUACUUUCUGUCAAAGACAAAUUAAUUUAAAAGAAAACAU